AAAAAAUAUCGAUUGUGCAGAUCAUCAGUAACAACAGAGCUUUAAAAUUAUCACCAAUUCCGUUAGUUCAAGCUAACUACGUGUGGAGAGUGACAGUCAGUUCCAUUUGACAUGGAUGAAGAAGAGGUGGCGCAUCGUAUUGUAGAUGAGGCAGUGGAUGAGGAGACAUUGGCAACAUGGACCAAGAAAGAACUGGUGAUUUGGCUGGUGAACCACAGACAGAAGAAGUCUGGAAACAAACAGAUCCUCAUAAAGAGAAUACUCCGCACUGUGCAGUUUGACGACACUGACUCAGAUUGUGAGACUGAUACAGACAAUGUAUCUGAUGAGAUUCCGGAUAUAAGUAGUGUUAAAAGUGAAUGGCAGCCACUAGCAACUGACAACUGUCCACCAACAAGAAGUGAGGAUGUGGAGAACUAUUUUAUAUACAACAAGAAUCCAGUGUCUGGAAAAACUCAGGCCUGUCAUAGACAGUUAAAAAAAGCUAGGAAAUUUGCCAAGGAAGGUUAUGUGUAUGACAUGGACUAUAAUGGACUGGACAAUAGCAACUAUUGUUUAAUUAAAGCCAAGUGUAAACCAAGCAUGAAAGAACUUGUUACUGUGGAAUGUGGACAAUUGGCGAGAUAUUAUUCACUACAUGCUGUUUUGAUUAAAAGUACAGGAAGAAUCGAGGGUGGCAAGUGCAAUUGUAAAACUGGUUUGACUGGUUUGUGUAGCCAUAUUGGGGGCCUUCUUAUUACAGUUGUGCAAAUUAAGAAUGCCUGUACAACAAAAGGCUGCGAAUGGCUGCGGCCACAGACUGACCUGCAGCUGAAGCCGCAAAGACUUAGAGACAUCAAGUUUAGUAGUAAUGAGGAAGCACCCAUAAAGCCUCACCCAGAAGUAUACCAGGCAGGGCCGUGCCAGGAUCCUGAAAGAUUUCUUGAAGAUAUCAUGGCAGGACUUGGAAAGGUGUACCCCCAGUCCGUCUUAUAUCAGACCAUAAAUCCUGAGAUUACCGACGUUUCAGAUGUCAUCUCCAAAUACAAACCCCCAUUUAAGUAUGAUGACAGUGUGGACUUAAGUUCAACUGUGUGCCAGUCUGAAUUCAGAAACUUUGCUGCUGGAAUAGAAGUCAGCGACAAGGAAAUAGAAAGAGUGGAAAAGUCUACGAAAGGACAAAGUGCCAAUCCAAUUUGGAAAGAUGUAAGAACAAACAUACUUACAGCUUCAAACUUUGCGUCUAUAUGUAAAAAACGACCUGAAACAAAACCUGACAAUCUUGUUGGUAGAUUGCGUGGUAAUAGGAGCAACUUUGAUGGGAAACCCCUACAAUAUGGGAGGAAGAAAGAGAGUCAGGCACGCCGAGACUACACACAACACCACAUGAAGCAGUGUGGAAGAGUUAAUGUUGAGAAAACCGGACUAAUGAUUUCUCAGGACUUUCCAUUCCUUGGUGCUAGUGUGGAUGGUCUUGUUAGAUGUGACAAAUGUGGGCUGGGUGUAUUGGAGAUUAAAUGUCCAUAUAAUAACAGAAAGACAACACCAAGGGAACAUAGCCAAGUGAAAUCAUCGUGUUUGGAGAUUCGUGAUGGUAAAUUAAAGCUUAAGGACAACCAUGAUUACAUGUACCAAAUCAUGGGCCAGAUGAAAGUAUUGGGGUUAGACUGGUGCGACUUUGUUGUGUGGACAAAGAAGGGGAUACAUGUUGAAAGAGUGACAUUCAGUCAAGAUUUUUGGGAAAAUAAGAUGCUCUUCCAGCUGAAAUUUUUCUAUAAUUCAUUCUUUCUUGCGGAGUGCUUUACUGACCGAAUUAAACGUGGAAUAGAUUUAUUUCAUUCAGAUUAGAAGCAUAGAGAUUCGAAAUCAUAAACUUGUUGUGACGCUUACUGUUACUGAGAUUACUAUUAUUCUGCUCUGUUUUUACUGUAAAACUUUGUUAUCUCAAUUUCAAUCCAAUAAAGGGUCUUGUCAAAAAUGUAACAAAUUUCAAACAUCAGACUUUUACUCACAGUACCAUAUGCUCCUUAAUGACAAGUUAUAUAACUCUGGCUUGAAUAUUGUCAAAGUUGUGGCCCUUUGUAAGUGGCCAUUUAUUGAAUUUCAACAUUUUUUGUCUAUCAAGAUAUUCUUUAAAUAUGGAAGUUCGAACAAACAUUGCUAGAGAUAAUGCAUACACAACAAAACGCCCUCACAAUAUAACUUCCAACUUUCUUAUUUUUGGAUCAAUUUGAAUAAAAUUUGAAAUAUAAACCCAU